GGACUUUCUAGAACUCAAGUCCUAGAAGGAACCAGUCGAAGAUAUAAGGUCUCAAAGGUCCUUCGAUUGCGACAGAAAAAAGGAAUACACACGAUUCACCUUAAUAUCUGACACAUGUCUACUCCCGCUCCCUUCCCCAUUGGUCCCUCGAACCCUCUCGAGACCCAGACGAACGCGGGCAGUGAUAUGUCCCUGAUGCUUUUUCGUCCAGCCAGACUGCCCGUCCAGGUUUGCCUAUCAGGACCAGCAUCGUAUUAAGGGACUCAUCGCAGAGGGAUUGGCGAGGGUCUUCUUACCUGCCCCGUCCUGGAUUCUGACACCCGAGUAUGCGCAACUUCGGUCGGACCCCGACAACCACUCCAGAUGCAUCUUCUUCAGCCUCAACCUUUUCCAUCUACAAUCAACAAGUCGUUGCAUCAGAAUGGACCGAGCAAUGGUUCUUCAUGAACGGUCGUGUUCACUCGUACGCCCUGACCUGGGAGGUUGAACAGCGAGAUGGUCUCGAGUCGGACACUGGCGCCAUCACACAAUACACAAUUCCGGUCCUUAUUGUCAAAGUGAGUAGGGAGAUGUCAUGCGUGUGAGGGUUAUUGAGAGUCAAAUUUUGGCCUAGAUCACUGCUCAAGUCAAGAGGACGAAGGUCUCAGUUAUAUACAAAACAGUGGUGUUCAAGUGGGUCGGGACGCCUCCUCGGCUGGGACGGAAUAUCGUUUGACACUUAUCAUCCGUGAUCAGGGCUACCAUCCGUAAGCAUGCUCCACCUGUGCGCCCACCACUUCCUGUCCCGCCCUCUACUCCUACGUCUGCAUCGCUCGAACCGAGUACUCCGCCGGCCAAGCGAACAAUCCCUGACUAUGGCCAGACCCCUACGAAGAAACAACACCUGUC